AUAUAAAAGAAUUGCAUUUUUAGAGAAAAAGUAUGAACAUCUCAUUGCUAUCCCAUCGUGGUUACAGACUGUGCAGAAAUAAAAUUAUUCUAAAAGCUGUUGCUGGAAUAAAACUUUGUUCCACUGAUGAUUCCAAAAGCAGUUAUGUAGAUGAAACUAAAACGGAAGAAGUUAUUGUUGGUAGUAAAACGCUUCGGAAAAAACUUCAGCAUCAUGUUGGAGCAAGACAAUUUUGGUUGGAGAAUCUCGAUAUAUUAUCAAAAAUCAAUGCCAAACGAGCUUCAAAACAAGAAGAUCUUAUUACAAGAAAAAUGAAGGACAGUGUUCAAGAAGUGAUCAUACCUUUGGGUUCCAACCCUGCUGAACACGACAAAUAUUUAAAUUUCUAUGGGACGGUAAGAUUUGGAAAACUUUUGGAAGAUAUGGAUACAUUGGCUGGUUGGGUUGGUUUUAAAUACUUUAAAGGUCCUUCAGAAAGGGCACCGUUUUCGUUAGUAACAGCCUGUGUUGAUAAAAUCGAUUUAAAAGAAUCUCUUGUUGAAUCGAACAAAGACAUCAAAUUAAAAGGUUUUGUGUCGUGGGCUGGUAAAACAUCUUUGGAGGUGACAAUACAUAUUGAUCAGCAAUCAAAAGAUGGUUGGAAACGUCUUGCCGAGGCCGUGUUUGUUAUGGUCGCCAGGUCGUUAAAAGAUGGCACCGCCGCUGUGGUUAAUAAAAUUGAAGCCGUUGAUGUUGAAGAAAAGCAUUACUAUGAACGAGGCAAAGUUAACAAAGCUUUGCGCCAGAAGAAAUUGAAGGAGUCGUUGUUUAGAAUGCCCCCCACUGCGAAGGAGAGAGAUGUGAUCCAUAAUAUGUUUUUGGCGACGCUUGAUCCUAACAAAUCAACUUUUCACAGUCGUGUGAAACCAAAAGAUACUGUUUGGAUGGAAGAUACUCAGUUGAAGAAUAUAAUUAUCUGUCACCCACAAUCAAGGAAUUUGUAUAACAAAAUAUUUGGUGGUUUUUUAAUGAGAGAAGCGUUCGAAUUAGCAUGGGCGACAGCGACCGUUUUUAUAAAAUCGAGACCAACUGUGAUUUCUAUGGAUGACAUUACCUUUCGUAAACCAGUUGAAGUUGGUUCGCUGCUUUACUUAUCGAGUCAAAUUGUGUUCACGAAAGGAAAGUACCUGCAAACUAGAGUACAUGCUGAGGUGUUGGAUCCCAAGACUGGUCACGUGGACACGACAAACAUUUUUCAUUUUCAUUUCACAAGUGAAAAGGAUAUAAAGAAUGUUAUGCCCAUGUCGUACGGCGAAUACAUUCUUUAUUUGGACGGAAGGCGUCACUGUCCGCGACAUAUUCUUGACGACGACAGCUGAUGUUUAUGCUAAAAGAAAGCUAAAUUAUUGUGCAUAUAGAGUUUAAAAUUUCUUUUUAAUUUUUUGCUGAUCCUGAAAAAUUUUAAAAUAUUUAAUAGAACAACCCUGGAAAAAGUAUAUUGGGGAUUUUAUCUUGAGUUCCUUAAUAUUAACUUUGGAGAUGGAGGACGUAUAGUUAUUGCUAACAGGAAUGCUCCAGGGACCUUGGAGGUAAGCAGCAUUGACUUUGUGUAAAUGGGAAGGGGGGGGGAGAAUUAAAGGAAGAAGAAUGAAAAUUAUUUUCAGGGUUGCAGUAAAAAUGUUUUCAAUCAGACUGAUCCUAAUUUAUUCUGUUCAUAUUUUUAACUUUAUAUUAAUCUUAAGUGGUAUUUUUUUCACCGAGUUCUACAACACCACUACCUUAGAUGGAGCGUACAAAAAUAUAUAUUAUAAAUAUAAAGAUAUUUAAGUGUUUAUUUGAUUAGCUGCAUUGUAUAGUAUUACGAGCUAAUAAUAUAUGUACCACUGAAAUCCUUGAACCUCAUGACCAAAGUUUCAAUGUAUAAAAACAAUUAAAGACUGUAUCUACAUGAUAUUCUUUCUCACUAGUCAAAUAAAUUUGUGACAACUUGUUA